AUGGCGUGUAAAAGAGGAGCUCUGAUUGUCCUGGAAGGAGUGGACAAAGCCGGAAAGACCACACAGUGCAAGAAACUGGUGAAGGCGCUGGAGCUGAGUGGACGACCCGCGGAAAUGAUGAGGUUUCCCGACAGGUCCACCACCAUCGGACAGCUGAUCAGUGCCUAUCUCGAAAAGAAAAGUGAUUUGGAGGACCACACAGUGCACCUGCUCUUCUCUGCAAACCGAUGGGAACUAGUGCCUCUAAUGAAGAAAAAGCUGGAGCAGGGGACCACUUUAGUUGUAGACCGCUAUGCUUUCUCUGGAGUAGCCUUCACCAGUGCCAAACCUGGUUUCUGUCUCGACUGGUGCAAGAGUCCGGACGUGGGGCUCCCCAAACCAGACCUGGUCAUGUUCCUGCAGCUGAACCCGUCUGAAGCUGCGCAGCGGGGGCAGUUUGGGGAGGAGAGAUACGAAAACAGCGUUUUCCAGAAUAGAGUACAGCAAAGAUUUGAAGAACUGAUGAAGGAUACAAGCGUCAACUGGAAGGUAAUCGAUGCUUCCCAAAGUAUUGACAACGUCCACACUAGCAUCCAGGACCACAGCCUCAAUGCAAUCAACGCAGCGCAAGAAACACAGCUUGGGACGUUAUGGAAGUGA